CGGUUAACGGCAGGCUGUGUGCGUGGGCGGGUUGUGCGCCUGCGCGAGCCGGGGGCACUAACCGAAACCUGCGGGGUUCCUGUAGUGGGGCCACCGGACGCGGGGCGAUUUUUGGCCGUCGGUGAGGCGGGUUUUUGUUGUUGUUAACCUGAAUAAUAAUUCCAAUCAAGGUACAUUGAAAUAAGGUGGCACAAAAUUAACUAGCCUAAUUGAAGAGAUAUUACCAAUUGUUAUAUUUCACAUUGGGAGUACAACCUGGAGACAAGAUUCUAUUAUUUAAAUUAAGCAUUCCUGAUGGCAGAAAAAAGACAGUCCUACAGUGUAGGGGAAGCAAUGGAGGAACUUGUAGGACCAAAUGGACAAAAAUGGGCAAAUAUGGAUCCAGAAGAACGAAUGUUAGCAGCUGCUACGGCAUUUACCCAUAUCUGUGCAGGGCAGGGUGAGGGAGAUGUCAGGAGAGAAGUCCAAUGUAGCCAGUACGAUCCCUACAGUAAAGCUUCAGUAACACCAGGGAAGCGACCUGCUUUUCCUAUGCAACUGCAGUACCCACAUAUAGAAAGUCAUACUGCAUCAGAAACCGUCUCAGAGGCUUCCCAAAGACUCCGAAAGCCAGUAAUGAAGAGAAAGGUGCUUCGUAGAAAGCCAGGAGGGGAAGUAUUAGUGACAGAUGAGUCAAUUAUCAGUGAAUCAGAAUCUGGUGGAGAAACUGAUCUUGAUCUCUGGGACUUAAAACAAAGAUUAAUGAAUCUGCAGUUCCAGGAAGACAGGGAAUCCCCAGUUGAUACUUCACAAAAAGUUAAUCUACCACAUGAAUACCAAGGAAUUUCACAAGAGCAGCUCAUUUGUUAUCUUCAAAGAGAAGGAAUGGGCUCUCCGGCUUAUGAACAAGACCUGAUUGUUGCCAGCAGACCCAAGUCCUUUAUUCUUCCAAGGCUGGACCAGUUAAGUCGAAACCGGGGCAAGAUAGACCGCGUAGCCCGAUAUUUUGAGUACAAAAGAGACUGGGACUCAAUGCGGUUACCUGGUGAAGAUCAUAGGAAGGAGUUACGCUGGGGUAUCAGAGAACACAUGCUUUCCCGAGCAGAACCCCAAUCCAAGCCUCAGCAUGUGUAUGUUCCAAACAAUUACCUAGUACCAACUGAGAAGAAAAGAUCUGCCCUUCGUUGGGGUGUUCGUUGUGACCUUGCAAAUGGUGUCAUGCCCAGGAAGCUGCCCUACCCUCUUUCUCCUUCUUAAGACUUUUUUCCUGUCUCUCCUUCCAGAGGAUUUGUUUAGGAUAACCUGCUGCUUUAUAUCCUUUUAAAUAGAAACAACUGACUUGAAAAGCCCACAGAAUAUUGUAUAGAAUAAGAACUUCACCCAUCAUUGGGAGAAAAGCCAGUUGGGGAAGUAUAGCUGUGUAUCACAUAGGUAUCAGACACCACUUAACUUUCAAAUUACCACUCUCAAGUGCAGCAAUUGCAUGAGCAUAUUAAUGCUAGAGAAAGAAAACCUACCUUGUCUUUGUAUUUUGUCCAAUUAGUAAGCACUAUUUCUGUUCAAUAACCUUUUUACCUUGAGGCAGUGUGAAUUGCUGUGUUUAAAUGUGUUUUUAUGUUGGUGGACAUUAAACUUAUCUAUUAAAGAAUUUUGGA